ACUGUUUUGGACUCCUUGGAAAUUGUAGUACUAUCGACUGAACUAUACUUUUGCCGCUAGAGACUAAUUAAUCGUGUGCCUUAGGUGCAAUGUUUAUGAGAUGUGGUACGUGAACGUUUGUGCCGUAAGAAGUAAACAGCAGUCGCAUAAAGUAUAAUACUGAGAUUUACAGACAGAUGGAUGAUGGCAGUAGAGAGCAGUCAUCACCGGAGUCUUCUGUUCGUGCUGGACCAUCAGCUUUGGGGCAAAAUGAGCAGGUACAUUCUAUGGUGACGUCUUUGAAUGUUAUGAGUUUACAACAAAAAAACCUCCAUUUGAAUGGGCCUCGAAGGGGCAACGGUGCUGACUGGCUGCCAUGUCAUUCUCAGCCCUUAGGCAUCACUGGAUGCGGACGUGGACGUGGAGGGGCAUGUGGUCAGUACACCGCUCUCCUGCCCAUUGUCAGUUAUUGAGCCCGGUUCCUACUUCUCAGUCGAAGUAGCUCCUCAGUUGGCCCCACGAGGGCUGAGUGCACCCUGCGUGCCAACAGCACUCAACGGAUCCAGACGGUGACCCAUCCUAGUGCUAACCAAGUCCGGCAGCACUUAACUUCAGUGAUCUGAAGGGAACUGUUGUUACUACUGCGGCAAGGCCAUUGCCGAUGUUAUGGGCCGAUCAAGAGGUACAGCCUUUGUGGAGCUCAUACAGGAAACCUACCCCCUGUCCAGAAUCAGAUCCAGAAUCAGACAACCAGUCCUAUGCAAGUGAAGCAUCAAGUGAUGAAUCUGUUCAGUGGGAAAAAGAGUUUAUAGGUAAACUGAUGAAAGUUAAGAAAUAUUCCUGUCAGCAAGAGAGAACAGCACCAGCCAGUGAGGACGUGAUAGGAAAGCCUGUGGAGGAAGAGCUGCCAAAGCAUUGUAAUGUAAACCAGGACACCAAGCAAAGCAGCUAUCAGCAACAAGAAUCUGAGGUGCUAAGGUCAAUAUUACAUCAGGACAUAAUGGGAAGUCCAGGAAGUCCAACAAACAGCCAGGUGUCUUCAACUUGUGAUUCUGGCUGUAUGGAAGAACAUUGUGUGUCUUGUUUGCAUGAGCAUGAGAAUACAAGGCAAAAAUUGCACUAUAAGAAUCACCAGUUUGGAGAAGUGAAUAAACAUGAUAUUUCAGGGGUGACUGAGCAACAACCAGGAUGCUCAAAUAACUGUUGUGUGUCUUCAUCUUGUGAUUCAAAUCAGUUGCAAUUAAGACCAGACAUUGAAACAGAAGAUCAUAUUUGUGGUAAACUUAAUUUGGGCUAUGUUUCAAGAUGGAUGAAGGCACAACCAGCAAGUCCAACACAUUGUGAGGUUUCAUCAUCAUCCUAUGAUUCUGAGUCAGAUGAUGGGCAUGCUGGAUCUCGUGAACAGGAAAGGGAGAGACAAAACCAAACUUCCCUGCAGCAAGCACAACCAAAUUCAGACUUUAUUUUGGCUGGCACUUCAGAGGAAAGUGAGAAAAUGAUAGAAAGCCCAAGAAACUGCCAAGUUUCAUCUUCGUGUGAAUCGGAUUCAGAUGCCUCUGGGUACAGUAGAUUGUGUUUACGAGUGUCGGAGGACUCGAUGGAAGAUGACACAGACCAUUCAAGUGGAAAAGAUAAAAGAAAGAAGUCAUGUGAAACAUCAGCUGCAGAGAAAGAUGGGGAUGACACAAACAUAAAUGCGAGACCUGAGCAAUACGAGUCUGUAGAAUCAGUGAAUUAUGAUGUUAGUGAUGAAGUCCCUACUCAGAGAGCGCCAUUGUCUCCACGCAUUAAGAGGAGAAACAUUUCCCACCUGGGGCAGCUGGGUAGUUACUCUCAGCUGGAUUCAAACCAACCUUCUCACAGGCGUCAUCAGUGGACAAGGGACUUCCCCUGCAGAGGCCGCCCUGCCAGGUUGAGAAGCCAGUCCCCUGCAGAUAGAGUGAGUCGAUGGAAAAGAAGUCCGUCACCAGUGGAAUCCUGCAGAAAAUUGAGAAGCAGAAGCGUGCUACCGAUCAGAGAUACUCAACGUGUGACGUGGAGAAAAAGACGUUCGAAGUCUUGUGACACAUACAGAAAACAUAAAAGAUCACAUGAGAGUCGACAUCCAUCAAAAGAACAUUUACUAUUCAAAAGAAUGGAACCAGUAAGUGAACCAUCAUCGAACAAUAGAGUGGAAAGGCAGUCCAGAUCAACCAGAAGGAGAUGGUCGAAGCCUGCUAGCAUAUCUGGAAGGCACAAAACUUCAACUAGCAGUAGAGAUAAAUCAACACUGCAGACGACUGCCAGCAAUUCAGAAUCAUUGUCAGUAAGAAUGGCUGCAAGAUGUAUACACUGCAGUAGUAGUCACAAAUUCCAAAAGGAACGCUCUGUACUUGAAAGUGAACAUGCCAUUCAGGGAAGGAGCCAUGUGAACCAGACACUCUCGAGUAAAACUCAGAAUGUGGCAGAAGAACAGGUAACAUACAGAACGCGCCGUUCAUUGUCUAGAAGUAGAUCGGUAUUGAAUACGGCACAACAAGAAUCAGGGGCUGAGGUAAUAGGAACCAAAAUAAUGCAUAGUUUGUCGGGAGUCCAGGAAAUUUCAAGUGGUAAAGAACAACCACCUCAAGGGUUCAAAGAGCACACAAGGAAUCAAUCAAUGUGUCUAAACACAUCUAAAAGAAACAAAAGAACAAGUAAAAAGAAAGAGGCACCAAAAGAGCAUGUGACGACCUUAAGAAGUGAUUCAGUUAUUCAAAAUCAGAAAUCAUUCACUCAAUUGAAUAAAUGCUGUGAACUUGCACAAGAACAGCCAGCGUUUGGAAGCAAGCUCUCAGUGCAAAUUAACCGAUUAAAAAAUACUGAGGAUUUUAGGACUAACCAGUUGUCAGGUGAGCAGUCGUCACUCAAGGACAAGUAUUUCAUAACAGAUGACAUUUCUGCAAGACUCCAGCAUUCAGGCCCAGAAGAUGCAUUUAGGAAGAAAAUACAUUCACAUAGAAGUCAGGUAUCAUCAGAGGAACGACCCACAUCUUCAAAUAAGCAAUCUUUAUCAGUGAAUAUGUCUAGAGGACAAAAUCAUCUGAAUAAAUUUCAAGAGAUAAAAGAUCAGUCAACUUUCAGCAGUACAAAUUCUUUGCUAACAAAAUCUAGUGAGGAAGUCCGUUUAAGCAAGGACAAAGAAUUGUCUUAUGAUCAUGUAGCUGACAGUAGUUGUUUAAUGCCAAAAAAUAGCACUGAAAGGCAUACUGAAUCAAAAAAGAAUCAAGAACUGGCAGGAGGUACCUUAAAUUUGAAAAAUUUUAAAGGGUUCCCAGAAGAACAAGUUUCAGUAAACGGCAAGCUUUCUCUACCUGCGAUCAUAUCAGAAAGUUGUGAUUUUCCAAUAAGCACGCAAACACUGCAUCAGCUGUACUCAGCAAGCAAAAGACAUUCUGCAUCUGUGCGCACACAAGGGACAUCUUCAUCACUGAAUGAAGUCAAAAUGGCACCAGAUCCUUUGUCAGAUAGCAAACGUUUGUCUAGAAAACGAAAACUCUCAAAAGAAGACUAUCAGUCACAACAUAAGUCUCUCAAAUCCAGAUGCCAAUUUUUGUCAGCGCCUUGUGUAGCAUGUGAAAACCAAGGACAUCUUUCCAAAAGGAGAGUACUUGGGAAGGUCAAGCAAUCUGCUGAAGCUGUACAGAGCAUCCUCCAGUCAAAGAACAUGAAAGUGAGCAAAAACAAAGCUCUACUUCUCCAAACGGCAACAUAUAAUUCACAUCUACAGUUGGGACAUUCCUCCACAGUGAAUGGGUCUGCUGCAUCUAGUGAAACCUCACAGGAAAAAAGUUAUUCUAAGAUUUCAGGAAGAAAUAGUUCCUUAUUUAAAGAUGCAAGUGCAUUAUGUGAUGUAACAGCAUCAGAUGCCAGAGCGGUAAAAUGUUCCUCGCAAGACAGAAUUUGCUGCAAAGAAGACAGUGCUUUGUUAGGACCUAUUACAAGUCAGAUCAAGCCUUGUUCAGUGGUUCUUAAAAAUUUAGAACUUUCAUCAGAGAAAUUUGUAUUCCCACCCUUUCCUCAUGUUACUUGGACUACAAAAGUGAGUGACUUCUGUUUGCCACAAGAUUAUAUGAACACAGUGUGGGAAAAAAGGCAAGUGAACUGACAACACUGCCAUCCAUAUGUAU